UCCCCCCCUUCUCUCCUAUACCACCUCUGUCUUUAGGUCAGUCCAUUGCACUGCAGAGCUCCUUUUACUUCCAUCGCUCUGUCCACGGCUUACUUUUCAUUGUCUGCAUUUAGUUUUAUUUUAAAUCCAUUUUUGAGGCCACAAUAAAUCCGACAGCAUGGCUGACAGAAGUCGUAUGCCGCGGAGAAAGGAUAAACAAGAAAAAGAAGCUGGUGAAAAGACCAAGAAUGGGAAGGAGGUGAAUCAAGAUGGGGAAAAUGCUCAACAUCAUGGAGGGGGACCAUCAUCUGAGUCGUUACCUACCAAUGAUGCAACAACUAAUGGGAAAAAUGGAGAGCUUCAGGUUGAGCCCAUGGAACUACCUCCAUUUGAAAUCAUUGCUGGCGAUCGCAUCGAUCCUUUUGCAUUCAAGUUCCAGUUCAAGAAUGUGGAAUACUCCUCGGGCCGCAAUAAGACCUUCUUAUGUUACCUGGUGGACAAAGGGAACACACCUGACGGGCUUCUGAGAGGCUGUCUGGAGGAUGAACAUGCCGGAUCUCAUGCUGAAGAGGCCUUCUUCACACAGUGCCUGUCUGACUAUGACCCUUCACUCAAAUACACAAUUACCUGGUACAUGUCAUCGAGUCCCUGCUCUGCUUGUGCUGCAAAGAUAGUUGACAUGUUGAACGCCAAGAAAAACAUCCAAUUGACCAUCUUUGCUGCUCGGCUGUUUGAGUACGAGGAGGCGGAGAUCCAGGCUGGGCUAAAGGCCCUGCAUAAAGCCGGAUGUAAGCUGAGGAUGAUGAAGCCUCUGGACUUUUCCUAUACUUGGGAUACAUUUGUGGAGAAUGAGGAGCAACCUCUUAACCUGUGGGAAGACUGCAAAGACAACUAUGAGUAUUAUCAUGAGAAGCUGUCUGAAAUUCUGCAGUGA